AUGGACUUUUCGUCGGAUUUCAACGAGAUCUUGCGAGGAGAUCAGCAACUCGAAAUCAGUCACAGCGGGAGAGAGUUGGAAGACCUUGCUCAGGAGAUAAUGGGCGACUUCUGGAAAGGGACCACACCCAAGGGCCAUGGUCCACGACGUAAUGAUCAUCGCACACGCCGUGAUCGAGUCCAACACCGUGUAGACGCAUUUGAUGCCCAGCUUCCGGCGAUUACAGAAGCUUACCUUGAAUGGAGUUUGCAGCGUGUUCGAAGUGGGACAAGACCUGGCUUUUUCCAUCAAAUGGCAAAGGAUGCUCUCACUGAGGUAGGAGCAGACUCAGGAUCAUGGACUGCGACUAUCGUUGAUUUAUUUUGCGCUGAGAAGGUAACUCUCACCCUCAAGGCCACCGACUCCUUUAUCGCUUCUGCCCUCGUUCGUCAGGGUGUAAUCCCUUGUUCUCCGAUCUCUCCAUCUGUUGCUGUGACAGUGGAUGCCCUUGAGUUCUACCGAAUCGCACAUCUACGUGACCUGCAUUUCUCGAUGCAAGCAUUUGCCAAGACUCUUUGUGAUUUGCAUGCGGUUGAAUAUCGUCGCUACCUCUCACGUCAACUGACCAUAGCGUUUGAUCUAUAUCUACAGGUCCGCUCAAGUGUUGAUGCACUCGUGGCUGAAGUCCUUAAUCGCAACACGCCUGAUUGGCGCCUCAAGCAUGCAUGUCCAUCAUGCACUUAUACAUUGGCGGACGAAGAUCAACUCACAUUCAAGCUCCUGUACGCCAUGGAUGGCAACGACUCGUUGAAGCGCAUUCUUCAGCGAACGCUUGGUGUAGAUGACGAGGACACUCAGUCAUCUGAACUCCCCACAACGCAACAAGUCCGAGGUGACCGAUAUCUCCCUCGCGACUAUGUCAACAGUUGGGGAAAUGGUCGUCAAGAAGAGGCAAACACUACUAUAGGCACCGAUGACACAAAUCCGUGUGCAGGACGAUGGAAAAACAUGGAUGACGAAAAGACUAAACGGAUGUGGGGAGUGUAUGAUGAAACAGGUAUAUUUAUUGCCGUCUGCCACCAUGGCUUUAGUCUGGUGAUGGCUGAUAUGGUACAGAGCAGGGAAUUGGCAAAAUAUCCACUUGCUGUGGUUUCGAAGCUUCUCGACACAUUUGGUAGCGACCUCGGUGGUGGAUACGACAUCGGAUGUCAAUUCAAGACAACGCUCGACAACAGUUCAUUGGGUACCCGUGCACAAUCCCUCAACUACACAUCGCUGGUCGGUGCUUUUCACGGGCACGCUCACAAACGGCUUUGUCAGCUCGACCACCUCGCAACGUAUGUUUCUGGUCUAGGGCUCGAAGACUUGGAGACAUGUGAACGUACCUUCUCGAAGUCAAAUGCAUUAGCGUCGACAAUGCGCUAUGCCAGCAUCUUCCACCGUCAGCAAGGUAUUACAAAUUAUUUUGAACACAAUGAUGACUAUGAGGUGUACGCGAAUUUAUCAAAUUUUCUGUACCAUAACUACAAGCAAGCCCUCGAUAUCAUUUGUGACAGCCAAAUAACGCUACCGAAGCUCAUGCAAGAUAUCAACGUUACCGAGGAAUCUACUUUCGAUGAGUGGUUGAAAGAGGAGAAAGUUUACCUCCAGGGUCUUUGCACCGAGCCCGAGCUCGAGACGUUGCAGAUGGAGUAUUGGCAGAAGUUGGUCAAUCUGAGCGCCAGCAAGAACGAACUGGAUACUGCCAGCUCACUGUGGGCUAUGUCCACACCUUCAAAUGCCCAUAGCUUGGCAUCCGACGAGAGCGCGACAAGACGGCUUGAGACGACCAGAAGGCAUGCCCUGGAGAAUUUUGAGAAGGACUUGGGAGUCGUGCAAGAGCUUGAACAAAAACUCGGGAUCUUGCAUCGCUGGACACCCGAAGACGCCGACUGGCAAAACGCAGGACGUCUCAUUGCUAACCGAAAAUACCAGCGCUCGCUUGACCAGUUGGAAGGCCUCAUUGUGGCACGGAUUUUCGAGCUCACCAAAAUGAAUAGGUCUGGCACGGGCUAUAAGAUGCGCAAACACAUCGCCAAGGCAUUGCAAACUCGUUCUAUGGCAAUCAGGAAUGCUCUUGACCGCUAUAACGCUGCAGUGCGUGCAUUGUCCCCUCCACGCCGGAUGUUGAAAUGGGAGGAGGUGGUGGAGUAUGCAUUUCUUGCAGACUUCGACCUCCUUCGUGACUCACGUUCCGACGUCUCACAACGGCAAUGGGCAACGCCAGCAGCUCGCCAAGCCACUGACUUAUAUUUCAAACACUGUCGUGCUAAAGAAGAGAUCACCCGACUCAAUGUUGAGGUGCGCUGCCUUGCCUCAUAUAUACAUGAUGAGGAUCACUACCUUCGCGAGUGUCAGCAACAAGCGGAGGCCUUUAGUCCAGCUCUCGCACAUCAGAUCAGUUUGCGGCGGCAAGCCCGAGGCAGGUUCAACUUUUGUCACAUCAAACACUUGCAAGACAUCGCCAGACUUCCUGGGUUCUCUGGCACCAUUGUCCCUGGAGUGUGUGUCCUUAGAGGCACCGGAGAGAGUACAAGCCUACCGCACGCCAGCAUUCCUGCAAGGCUGACAUCCCUGACACCCAACACCCUCAUUUCCUCCUCCAGCUUGAAGCCGCUUGCUACAGAGUCCGCGGAUGAUCUUGACGAUAACGAAGAGGAACUAAUGAAUAUGGAGGAGGCUGCCGAAGCCCUACAGAACGUUCUGCAUAUCGCCAUGGACUCAUGA